AUGUCGGGCGCUCAGGAGAUUGGCAGGAGCAAGAACUCCGACGCCAUCGCGCCUACUCCUCAGAACACCCCUCUCAGCAACCAGCCCCUCACCCGCGAGGCUCUUUCCCGACCCACCGUCGGCACCAUCGGUGAGGAGGAUGAGAACGCCGUCGAUGUCGCCGCUGCUCUUCAGGGCAACCCCGCUCUUGCCGCCAUGGUCCAGGACAAGCUCUCCAGCCUCGUCGGUCGCUCGUCUGGCUACGUCGAGUCGCUUCCCAAUCACGUCCGUCGUCGCGUAGAGGGCCUCAAGGGUGUCCAGGUGGAGCACCACAAGAUCGAGGCCGACUUCCAGAAGGAGAUCCUCGAGCUCGAGAAGAAGUACGCCCAGCGAUACAAGCCCCUCUACGAGCGACGUGCCGCCAUCAUCCAGGGCAAGCAGGAGCCCACCUCGGAAGAGGUCAAGGCCGGUGAGGCUGUCGACGCCGACGAGGACGACGAGGACGAGCAGCCCGAGUCGCUCGCCGAUGCCAAGGCCCCCGCCGACGGUGCUAGCGGUAUCCCCGAGUUCUGGCUUACCGCACUCAAGAACCACAUUGCCCUCUCCGAGCUCAUCACCGAGCGUGACGAGGAGGCCCUUCGCGCCCUUGUCGACGUUCGCAUGAGCUACCUCGUCGACCAGGCCGGCUUCAAGCUCGAGUUCGAGUUUGACAGCGCCAAGAACGAAUUCUUCUCCAAUCAGAUCCUCACCAAGUCGUACUACUACCAGGACGAGGUUGGAUUCUCGGGCGACCUCGUCUACGACCACGCUGAGGGCUGCAAGAUUGACUGGAAGGAGGACAAGGACCUCACCCACAAGAUCGAGACCAAGAAGCAGCGCAACAAGAACACCAACCAGACGCGAACCGUUAAGCGCUCGGUGCCCGUCGAGUCGUUCUUCAACUUUUUCAACCCACCCAAGCCGCCCAAGAACGGCGAGCUGGAGGACGACGAUGCCGACCUCGACGAGCUGGACGAGCGACUGGAGCUCGACUACCAGAUCGGCGAGGACCUCAAGGACCGCAUCAUCCCGCACGCCGUCGACUUUUUCACCGGCAAGGCGCUCCAGUACGAGGACCUCGACGAUCUCGACGACGCCGACUUUGACGAUGAGGAUGACGAGGACGAGGACGAGGAUGAUGACGACGAGGACCAGCCACGCCGUCAGUCGCAGCUCGGCGCAUCUGCCGGCUCCCAGAUGGCCGGCUCGCAAGACCCCCAGGAGUGCAAGCAACAGUAA